AGAUAAUUACCAAAUUUCUUUUGUGUUCUAUGCCAUAACUCAUAACUGCAUCAUGACCUGACAAGCCAUGCCAAAAUGCUGCCUGACAUUGUUGUGUCAAUCUUCGGACGACAUGUUCUCUCCCUUCCACUGACGAUCUGGGAACAACGCAUGUAGUCACGAUGCUGGGCUGAGUGCCUGGAACAUGUCCCGAUUGAGCCAGAUUCUGAAAAAAGUUCCAGGCAAGCAACAAUUCGGAGUGUUUCGCUUCUUACCAUUCAUGUUCCUGAUCGGAGCGGGCGUGGAAUUGACCAUGAUCAAGGUCUACGUGGGACCGGUCAAUUUCUAUCAAACCUACAAGAAGCGAAUCGCCACAGAUAUUGUAGUGGCCGAGGAACGGGAACAACUCCGAUUGGAACGAAGAGCUCUGCAGGAAAGUCACAAACAGUGCUAGAUCAUCGGUGUCAUCCUGGACAUCAUGGCGGGUUCGGGGGGCCUAUUUUCUCGAAGAUACUGGACCUUUCUCUUUGCCGGCCUUUUUUCGGCUGCUUUAGGCUCACAGUGCGUGCACAAUUACUACAAACCGUUAGACG